AUGGCAACCAUUGCCGAAGCUUUAUCUCGUUUGACUCUUUCUCCUUCAAACACUCAAAAUGCCCAUCAAGCUUCCACCUCUAGUGGCCUAUCUUCUCAACCCCAACCAAACCCAAAGGGAAGUAUUAAUGCUAUUAUCCUUAGGAGUGGUACCAAGUUAGAUGAAGUUGGUCUUAAGCCUACAAGUUUGAGCAAGGAGCCCCACAAUGAAGAAAUAGAAGAAGAAGUGGAAGUGGUGGGAGAGGAGGAGGAAAAUGUUACAAGAGGUGAGGAGGAACUAAUGAAGGUCAAAGAGCCCAAAAGAAAGAACCCUCUUGAAGAGCCUACACCAAUUCCUUUCCCAACAUUGGCUAAAAAGGCAAAGAAGCAUGAGGACCUUGAUCCCAAUAUGGUAGAAAAUUUCAAGAAUGUGGAAGUUACCGUUCCUCUUUUUCAAGCCAUCCAACAAGUGCCAAAGUAUGACAAAUUCCUCAAGGAUGUUUGCACCCACAAGGACAAGAUUAGUGAGCUAAACAAAAGUCCGGUGAAUGACUCUAUAUCUUCUCUCAUUUCAAAAAAGUGUAAUGACCCCAGUCCAUGUUUGGUGACUUGUGUAAUUGGUGGCAUGGAGUUCAUGGAUUGCAUGUGUGAUUUGGGAGCUUGUGUAAGCAUUAUGCCCCUCCCUAUCUAUGAGAAGUUGAACUUGUCACUAUUGAAGAGGUCCGGAGCAAAAUUUGUGUUGGCGGACAAAAGCAUUGUAUCGGUUGUAGGAAUUGCGGAGGAUGUUUUGGUAAAUAUCCAAGGGUUGCUCUUUCUGGUAGAUUUUCAUAUAUUGGAAACCCCUCCAAUUGAUUUAGGCAAGCCAUCCUCUAUUCUCCUUGGGAGACCAUUUUUGAAGACAUCUCGAUUCAAGUUGGAUGCAUUCUCGGGAGCUUACCCAUUUGAGGUCGAUGGAAAAAUAGUGAAGUUCACUUUGGAUGAAUCUAAGAAGCCUACUCCUUGA